AUACUACAUAUGUACUAGUAGUAACAUUUGAACACUCAACAUAAAACAAACACACCACCCUUCAAUCCCUACCACACACCUAGAGAAUGUUUGAAAUAUAACCAAAGUGAAUCACAUCGGAAACGAUGCAGACUGAUUAACUAUACUGAACCCCUCAAGUUCGGACUCAUCUAUCUAUCUCAUACAUACACGUACAUACAUGUAAUCAGGGGCUCCAUGUGUGUGAUUUACCAGUGAUUCAAUAUUUGGUGGUACGUAAAACUGCAGCCUUAACAUCCGUGGAUGUAUGAUCAGCGACCCAGGCCGCGUCAAGCCCAAUUUUUCACUCAAAACCUAUCAAGCAUCUCUUGCUCGUAGAGAUUUGUACACAUCUUAUAGGUUUAAAAUGUCGGUCAACGCAUAUACUUCUCCACACUCAACAAGGGCCAUACGUACUUAGGUGCGUACUACUUACUACCUACAUCCUAUAUAACCUACUUAACAGCUCGCUUGGCUGCGUUACCCACUUCGUUAGGCAAACUGCCGAAACAUCGAUCUCCUCCUCAUUCCCUCAACUCCUUGGUUUGGAAAUAUUCGCGAAACAUCUGCCCAUCAUGAGUAUCACAGCAAACGCGGCUAUGUAUAGCAACGACGAUGACACUGCCGGUGUCCCCCAGGCACCUGGGACCGAACACACCGAGCUGCUCUCCUUCUUAAAGUACUUCGAAACCCUCUUCGUCAUCGACGAUUCCGAGCACAUGGAAAGGCAAUGGAGUGAUGUCUCAGCCUUAAUCCAGGCCGUUGCCCCCGUGUGCCUCCAAUACGACGACAACGGAAUCGACAUCUACUUCGUCAAUCACCGACCCCUAUUCUAUUUCCCAGGCAUGUCAGUUCGAAAGUCAGGCUACAACCACAUCGGCCAGGUCCACAGCGAAGGUGAAGGGGCCGACAAGGUCAGCGCCCAGGGCAUUUUCCGCAAGGUGAAGCCCGGCGGCAGGUGCAAGCUCGGCGCCCGCCUGAAGAAGAUCCUCUCGUGGUACAUCGAGCAACUGAAGGUAGACCCCGAGCGUGCCCCGCUCAACGUCAUCGUCAUCACGGCCGGCGUGUCGUCCGAUGACUUUGCGGCACCCCUGCUCGAGAUCGCCAAGGAGCUCGACGCCAUGAAGGCGCCCGAGCACCAGCUAGGCGUGAUGCUGUUCCAGCUCGGUGACGACGAGGAAGCGCGCAAGAAGUUCGAACAUGCCGACGACCACAUGUGGAGAGCCUCCAACACCCGCGACAUCGUCGACACGGUCGCGUGGCGCGGAUGGCCUGCCGGCUUCGGGUCUGACGACAUGGUUAAGGCCGUUCUUGGCGCCGUGUCCAAGAAGAUGGACGGCGCGAAGUCGGCUUUGGCGGGAAAGGCGGUACCGGAACGUAGGGAAACGACUGUCUCGUAGGAAGGGGUGGAAUACAAGGAGUUCACCUACCUAGCUAGGUACCUAGAUUAGGGGGGGCAGUGAUGCAAACGGGCGAUGAUGAAGUAGCUUAGAAGCCUCUUCAAAUAGACGCUUCAAAAUGAAAAAGACAAAUAUUUUAUACCAUGCAUAACCUACUAUGGUACCUACUUAUCAGUGUUAUUUACACUUACUGGAUCUUUGGUGUGAU